AUAACCUGAGAUUGUUGGAAACAUUUCUCUAUUCAAUUAACCAAUACCAUUCAAUAAACUACAAUUGUAUUCUUCUCUAGGUCGAAUUGAAGAAUCUGGCAUCGCUAUGAUGAUAUCGUCGCUUCCGGCUCUUGGGAUCUUCAUGAUCCUAGCAGAUGUCACACAUGCUGCAUUCAAACCUCCAUUUAACAAUACUCUAGAACGAGGGGUAGCAACUGAAUGUAAGACUUGUCCUUAUUCACUUUGUACCAAUAAGGAAUACUACGACUAUGACACCGUCGUAUCGCUCAUUUGCUGGACUACAGGAACAAUAAUUGGUGGUGAUAGGUAAGAUUCGUCUCGAUACUUUGACAUGCCAUAUCAAAUGUUAAAAUCUUCAAGUACAUGGUUGAGAACAAGCGACGACUGCUACAUAACCCAAUACGAUCUUACCGAUUAUGCUGGAGAAUGUAAGUUCUCUGAAGACUCACAUGCGAGUUCGACUAACGGUGGUGCAACAGAUGAAGACGAUCUUAGCUUUUGUGGUCACGAUUCUACCAUCGAACACUACACUACCGCUCCUGCAACCACAAAGUACAAUACCGAAUGUAAUCUCUGCGACGACAACGCGGAUUGUGCCAUAAUCAAAUAUCUAAAAUAUGGAACUGAUAUCACGGUGACUUGCUGGACUGAUCAGGGAGACCUUGUAAUCAAUGAUAGGUAAUAUAUCUCUUGCUUCAAUUUCUUACUCAUCUUAACGGUCUACCAAGGUAAAAUGGCUGAUGAUGAGAAAAAUAGUACAUGGUUAAAAACCACAGAUAACUGCUACGUCGCACAAAUCGGACUCGAAGAACCCGCCAAUAAAGCCGAGCUCGACUACUGCGGCCCAGUAGGCUUCCUCCAACUAAACUACACAGAACCAGCCAAACGUUCAUCUCCCCUUAAUAAAAACAAAAUUUCCCCUCCUCCUCUCACCAAACAUUCACCCCCUUCCUUAUUUCACAAUCUCAACAAACGCUACCUUCUUAAUAUAACAGUAGGCGAAGACUAUGCUCCUUGCUAUAGUACACCUUCUUCAUCAAGUGAUUUAGUUAGAAAAUAUGAAUGGGAUCAGGGUGUUUGGGUACAAUGCUUUGUGAGUAAUUUCGUGGAUACGAAUGGGGUGGAGACGUAUGGGUAUCUUACGACGGAUUUUUGUUAUGUGAGGGAGGCGGAUUUUUGGGAGAGUUUGUUUGAUCGUAAGUGAUACCUUUUUCUCUUCUUCUUUUGUUGAGAGGGGAAGGAGGAAAAGAAAGUAGCCGUGGAGGGGCAAGAAAUGAAGCGUAUGCUAAUGGCUGGUAGAAUAUCGAUAUCCGGACUGUGAUUUGUUUGAAAGUGGAAGUGUAGGUACAGAUGCGAUUAAUGCUCGGGGAAGUUCCUAGUUAAGAUAAUAUUAUUUGUGGGUAGAUUGGCAUUUUCCUACAUUCUUGAGUUGCCCAGUGUAUGUACUAUCGUUUUCAGAAUUCCAGGACUGUGGUUAAGAAAGGAAGUUAUAGACAUAUGCAUGACGUAUUUUGAGAUAGUCAAUCUGUU